GCCUCCCACUCCCAGAUCCCCAAACCCUAGCCAGCUCCCCGCCGGCCGCCAUCUCGAUGACCCAUGGCCUCCUCCCCCGUCCUUCCCAUGGGCUGCAGGUUCAGCCCGUCCGACGCCGACCUCAUCUCCUUCUACCUCCGCCCCAUGAUCGCGGGCGAGCCCCUCCCUGAGGCCGCCGCCAGGUUCCUGCACACCGCCGACGCGUACGGCGCAGAUCCGGCCGCCCUCGUCUCGGGCCUCCUGCCCGCGGUCCCGCUGGCGCCCAAGACCGGGGCCGAGCGGCGGUGCUGGUACUUCUUCUGCUCCGCCAAGGCCCUGUCCGGGCACGACAAGCGCAGGUCCCGCGCCGUCGGCGGCGGCGAGGGCACGUGGCACGCCGAGAAGGGGAGGGCGGCCGUCCUCGACGGCGAGGGACGCGUCGUCGGGUACAAGCAGAGUUUCAGGUACAAGCCCAUCCAUUCCGACGGAUCCGUGGAGGCCGUGUGGCUCAUCGUCGAGUUCCGUGUGGCUCAUGAUCGUCAAGGAGAUGAAGAGAAAGGUGAGACAGUUCCAGUUCUUUGCAAGGUCUACCAGAGCCCGCGCAAGCCCCGAUCUGCGUCCGUCCCGACGUCGCCGGCAUACAGGAGGGGGAGGAAGAGGAAGGCCGGAGACGACUCAGCUCCGGUGAAGACUGUGAAGCGGCAGCUGCUUGUUUCUCCUGCUGCACCAAUUCUGCUGCCGGCCGUCGAGCCACAGCCAGACUUGAACAACUGCUCGGAUGGCGUCUCAGUGGACCAGCUUCUUGAUGAUCUCAUGUCCGGCCUCACGCCUGAUCAAGUCUUGGGUGACUUCUUGAUGCCUUUACCUGAAUCAGAUGUCAAUUGCAGCUUCUCCAUGGCCAAUGAGAAUUCUGAUCAAGUCUUUCUGGGUGACUUGUUGAUGCCUGUCCCUGAACCAGUGGUCAACUACAGCUUCUGCAUGCCCGACCAUGCCGGUUCCAUGGUGAGCAACUACGGCACCGUCCUCCAUGGUGGUUCAGUCACACCCCUUUUUCACAAUUCUGAUCAAUUUGACUUGUCGGUGCCCAUCAUCGAACCACUGCCAACUGACUUGCAGAGCCAGACAGCAAUGCUAAAUUUCAGCUUCCUGUCGUGUGCCCCGUAUGCUGGAAUUUGCGAUUCUUGGACAGGAGGCGAGAGCACGGAUGAUGAAGCGGCCUCAGUCAGCUGGUAUGACUCUGCUCAAAGCUCACCGGCGGUUCCAACCGAGUGGAUGAUGCAAUCACCAUUUGCCACCCCAUAUCUAUUCUGAAGCUGACCAGCUUCGUAUUGUCUGUGUUUUCGCUACCCCAUGGACAAGAUACAUGCAAUCGCCGUUUACCCCAAGGAUAGGAUACAUGUUUUUGUAGCUUGUACCAAGGUUCAAGACCUUGUUGCGUUGGCUGAUGGUCGAUGUAGUUAUGGCUUAUAAUGAUCUGGUUACGUAUGUUAGUAUACAUUGGGGAGGUGUAUUGUCAUCAUUAACUGAAUCUAGAUGUCUGUUCAAUCUGAAUUUAGAUGUUUUAUUAUUCAGCAUGUGCCUGCUUGUGAUUUCCUGUGUUGUAAGCAGUAAUUAAUACCCUUUAGCUGCUAUCUUUGAUCCUACUGCUGGCUCAUGCACUUGGGAUCCUUUGCUGUCUGAUAACUAAUGAGUGUAGUACGUAUUUGGAUCUUAAUUAGAAUGCAAUGCUUUUCUAACAGCUGGGCGAGAAAAUAAUGGUACUGAACUCAUGGAAAAGGAAAACAAUGAAAUUUACUAGUUACAGUUUGACAUUGUUCUAGCCAACUCUUUCAGCACACCUAACGCUUCAGACCGGGACUCCUGGUUCUAUCAUUCUCAAACCAUAAGUUUAUGGAAUAUUGGAGACAGAAAUUAUUGGUCUUGGAAAUAGUUUCUCUCUGUAUAUUACUCACACAUUAUUUCCAUCUCAUUUAGGUGGAAUUUUAUGGUGGGCCUUUGUGCUGGAGCACUCUUACAGUUCCUGCAUCUUCCGGUAGGAUCUUUGAUCAGCAAUUGGCGUCCUUCCUUGUUCUGGUUCUAACUAUUAAAAUAGUUUUCAAUGUUUUGUUUGCUCCUUGAACAGGCAAAGGUGCUUAUUGUAAUGGGCAAAAAGUUCAUGUCUGGUCAACAGACAAGGUAGCCUAUUUUCUCGUGUACAACUGUACAAGAACAAUAUGAGCACACCUGUGUGUGCCUGCCAUGAAAAUAUUCCAGUGACCGUAGACCCAAUGUACCUGUUCAUUUAAGUAUUUCAGGAAGCAGUCGUAAUGUAUGUAAUACAGAUUGUUCAUGCAGCAGAUAUGAGCCAAUAUAAAUUUGUUCAAGGAAUUUACUGAGACGUUACUAGGGUAAGUGAAUCUUCCUGUGAUUAAAACGGUAUCACUGUGUGUUCACAUGCUUUUCUCCUUUAUGUUCUUUCCUUUAUCCUUCUUUGAAAUGUACUUUCUUUCAGGGAGUACGAAGGCUAGGCUCUGCUGCUGCUGAUCUGUCCCAUGUUGGUCUAGGCAUUACAGAAGCCUAUUGGGAAUAACAGCUUAAGCGAUGUAACAAUCUCUUUUGGUAACUCGGUUUGGAUAUGUCCCAUGAUCCUUUUUGCCCCAUGAAAUUAGAUUUGUGAAAUAAUUAUCAGUUUGGUUGAAAGUGGGACUGGCUUAUUUGUUUAUAUUCAAACCUUACCGCAUUUUUAUCCGGGUAAUGUUCAUGUUUAUGAUAGUUCUUAUAUUUCUGGAUUCUCAUAAUUUGGUUUGAAAAUUCUAGAGGUAAUCUUAAAGGUUUCAUUGGGCAAUUUUGAGCUAAUUUCUGAAAGCAAUUGAUUCCGUUUUCUGUAAGAUGCAGAAUUUGCGUAGUAAAAGCCUAAAAGGUAUCAAAGUGAUGCAAAUAUUCUGAAAUGUAUU